AUGGCUCCCUCACCAUACGAGCUAUCCCUCCUCCUCAGCCCUCUCGUUCCCGAAAGUAUUCAACACAAUACCCGCACCCUCUCGAACAUCCGCUCCAUUUCAGGCCUCCUGCUUGGUAUCGCAGCAGGAAUCUUAGGCCUCGAAUCUCUCCACGGUUUUGUUUUCUACGUUCUCGCCAACAUGCUGAUCUCCGCACUAUUUUACUUCCUACUGGCCGGUGCAUCACCGCAGAAAUACUUCGCUGGCACAGCUGGGUCUCGAGGGUUGAAUGAGAAAGGAAGAAAUGAAGGGACGGGUGCGUGGAGGCAGAUUUGGUUUGGGGGUGGUCUCUUCACUGAGGCAUUGAGCGGGUUUGUGCUUGGGUGGGCCGGGGUCGGAGGUGUGAUAAGAUGA